GAUCUGAGUUGCAACAGGCUGGUGUGACGCUUUGCAUGCGAGUGUGACAGGGAAGGCUGCUCAAACCGCUCAUACAGGAGCUGCUGAGUGCUGGGAGGUCGGCCACGGUCACCUACACAGAAUCUGAGAUCCAAGUUUCAGAGAAAGACGACUAGCUCAGGCAGAGCAAACACAAGGGGAAGACGAAGAAGUCAGGACUGAGAGGGAGCAGGAGCUUGGUGCUGAGGCUGGUAUGAGAGAAGGAGGCUGUGGAGCUGUCUGGGUGUAAGUGAACACCCUCUAGUGGAGCUGCUGACCAGAGCGCCUGUCUGUUUCUUAGCAUCAGCAUUUCAGGCAUCGAGUCGAGACCAUGUGGUGUUUGGAGCUACUUUUACCACUGCUGUUGAUCAUCAACGAUGCCAGGUGCCAGUGGAACGUUUGGGUACCUCGGGACAUCUCGGCCAUGACAAACUCCUGCGUGGUCAUCCCGUGCACAUUCAUGUAUCCGUCCGGUAUCAGGCCGUACCGUGGCACUCACGGUAUCUGGUACUUCGGCCAGCCCUACCCUCAACUCUUCCCUCCUGUUGUCUUCAAAUCACGCACAGACGUUGUGCAUGAGAGCUACAAAGGACGGACCAAGCUGCUGGGUGACCUCAACCAGAGGAACUGCACACUGCUCAUCAACAACAUCGGAGCAGAGCACUCGGGGAAAUACUACUUUCGUGCUGACCUCGGGGGAGCCAACAUGUACACGUACCCAGACUUCUCUGAGCUCAAAGUUCUGGAUCAACCCAACAUCGACGUCCCGGAGGAGAUUGUCAGCGAUGUAAGCCUGGAGCUGACGUGCUACGCUCCCGACAACUGCCCCGAGAUGACUCCAGAGAUCCAGUGGAUGUACAUCGACUACCUGCCCGACCCGGAGAUCAGCGCUGACUUCCUGGAGGAUGGCAACACGGCCGUGCUCUCCAGCACCCUCACCUUCACACCCAGACCCAUGCACAACGGGCAGCUCCUGGGCUGCAGGGUCUACUACCCCAACACCACGCUGGUCUAUGAGAGGCUCAUCUCUCUGGACAUCAAGUACUCUCCGCGCUCUGUGUGGGUGAACGUGUCCUCGGAGGUGAUGGAGGGCAGCUCUGUGAUGCUGCACUGCGAGGUGGACAGUAACCCUCCUUCAAGGAUUUCCUGGAUGUUUGGAGACCAGGAGCUGCUGUGGGACACGGCGUCCAACGUCUCCCUCUCCCUGGACGAUGUGACGCCUGCACAGGAGGGAAUCUACACGUGCUACGGGGACAAUGGCUACGGCAUCAUGAACACUUCACUGUACCUGGCUGUCAAUUACCCUCCCCGCGAGCCUGUGGUAAACGACUCUAUGACGAUACUUGAGGGGUCCACGCUGGCCUUGCACUGUAGCACCCAGGGCAGCCCGGCCCCCACCCUCACCUGGCUGAAGGACGGGGAGCUGGUGGGCACCAUCACCGCCGACGAGCUGUCAGUGCUGGAGAUUGUGGAGGUCACCCCCCAGGGAGACGGACAGUACCGCUGCCUGGCCGAGAACGAGCAUGGAAGAGCCAGCAGCUCCUUCAACAUCACUGUUGAGUAUGCCCCUGUCCUUCUGGAGGAGUCAAAGUGCACCGUGGUGAGGGAGGGUGUCCAGUGUGUGUGCAUUGCCACAGGAAACCCUGAACCCACCAUUGAGUUCUACCUGCCCGAUGUGAAUGUCACCAUCAACGAAACAGACGGCCGGUACAACUUCUACACACACACUGACGGACACACCUCUACGGGAAUGAUCAAGCUGCGGGAGAAAGGCGAGCGGGUAGACAACGGAGGCCCAGCCGUCAACGUCCACUGCAGCUUCUUCAACACGUACGGAAGAGAGAGCGUACAACUGGAGCUGCAGCAGGAGAAAAAGUACAUGAUGGCAGUUAUAGUUGGCACUAUUGGAGGAGUGGCCGUCAUAGCCUUCAUCAUUGCAGCAGUGAGAUACGUUGGCCACAACAACAAGAAAGAGAAUGGCACCCCUAGGCAGGACGUGGUCCUGGAGAACCCAGCUUUGUACUACAGCGCAGUCAAGAAGGACAAACAAAAUCUGAGGAAGAAAGUGCUUAAGACAGAGCUGUUGGGCUCAAAGUUUAACUCCAUUCUAGAGGAAACUACGGGAGAAGACGGGGAUUAUCAACCUGUGGGCUCUUUGGCAGGACUGGAGAGGCAAGAGUUGAAUUACGCUGCUCUGGAGUUUAUCGGGGCCAGGUCCAGGGAAGGGGCCUCAGGGAGGGGGGAUGAUGACAGCAACUACACGGAAAUCAAAGCCAAAUGAAACGCGAUCCUUCCCUGAUCCUUCGGCUAAGCGAGACGCAGUGGCAGCCCCAAUAAACUGUUAAAUAACCCCCCGUGGUCAACUGGAUUUCACCCUGCAUAUGAUGGCUCCUUGUUUCACAUUUCUUCAGAUCUGUCACCCCUAAAGUACCACUAGAUGCCACUACUCCCCCCUCAUGCUGUCCCUCCUCCAUUGGACCCCCCCCUUCACAUGCCUCAUUCGGGAAUACUGGUACUUUGGGUUGAAGCAUUUCCCACUGGACAAUGAAAACAAAUUACUUACAGUUCUGGCCUCAGUUGUUGUUCAUGGGCUUUUAAACAUGCAGUGUUAGACAGCAGCUUUGCUUUGGUUGCUUUCUUCAUGUUCUUCAUUGUGCUUUUUAAACAAAAGACAUCUGAGUGCUUGCAUCUGUCCCACUACCUGUCUCUUAUAUCUGUCACUGUGUCUGCUGCCAGUUGAAGCAUCAGGGCAAGGAGUAACGUUGCUUUUUGUUCUCUUAUAUUUAUGUGUGUCUAUCAGCAGAGAGCAAACCUCUCUUCCCUCUUUCCUUUGGUUAAAUUACAUCCUAAGUAGAUAACAGCCUGAGGCGAGAGAUGGAAACGCAUCUCUACAUCUUGUUUCUACAUAAGUGUAUUUAAUGUGUGUGCCUCUCAUAAUAAAUGCAUCAAAAGUCACCAUCACUUUUGACAAUAAUUGAAGAGGUUUUGUAAAUUCGAAUGGUUCACUUUCCAGUUCUGAGAAAUGCCACAGCUUUUUCCCCAGCCUUAUUUUUUAGUAAACUGUAGGAUUGUUGAUGUUUUGGGGGAUUUUCCUGCACUGUGGCCAAUGAAAGACUUAUUUUUCGUCUGUAACUUGUUCUCCCUAAAGCACAAAAUAUUUGAGCGCAAGUGGCCAAAGUGUUAUCUCUUUUAGACAAUGUGUGUGGGUAUGCGUGUGUGUGUUCAAAUCGUGCUCAAAGCUCAUAGGACACUGAUCAUUGAUGACUGGGGUCUUUGGGAGGUUUUUAGCAUUGCUUCACUUGAGAGGGUUGCAUCAAAUAUUUGAAUGACACAGAUGAUUUGCCAGCUGUUUAUGCUAUUCAAAGGCAUUUGAUGAACCUGUGAUGUAAUAUCAAAGCCUACUAAUAGUCUAACUUUAUAAUGAUGGUAUCAAUAAUAUAUAUUAAUAAGAUGUAUAGCUAGAGAAUGGAAGCCAGUAUGUACAGUAAAUACCCUGCAUGACUGUCCUUCUUGCAGGCAUUAAGUUAUUAAAUGAUGGAUAAAAGCCAGUUUGAAAAGUAAAAAUACUCCUAUCACACAUCACUCACAUGCUUUUGACUGAACAUUGUCUUAAUAAAUACUAUCAAGCUCUAACUAGUGUGCACUAUAGUCAAAUCAGAGGCUGCGUUUACAUGCAGGAAGUGACCUUGUUAUUGACCGGGAUUGAGGAUCAAUUUAAAGUACAAUAGCUGCUGUAUUUAAUAAAUUGUUUCUUUAAACCUUAAAAGGAAACUCCAGAUCAAUCAAAUUAAAGCAGCAGAGGCCGAUAUAGCUUUGUAUUUCAUAGAAUAGUAUUUCAUAGGAUUGGGUCAAGUUCCAAACCAAAUGCAUCCUACAUUACCCACAAUGCACCAACAUGUUUUAUUUAGAUCCAUCCUGCCUGUUAAAUGUCUUUCAAACUCCAUACGUCUAGUUUGUAACACUGUUUUUUUUCAGACUUUUCAAAAGUUUAUCAGUUCAGCAUCACAUGAUGACAUUACAUUUUUGCUGAAUUGCACUGCCGUCUGCCGAUGAUAUAAAUACAUUUCUUGUGAAUCCGAUAGUCGGUGUAGUAAAGAGAAUGAAGUCACCAAAGUCCUUUUCCCCGUCUUCACUUUGUCUGUUUCUCACAAAAGUGCAACAAAAUUACUCAACACAAAUGACACUCUAACUUGGUCACUGCCUUUUUACGUAAAACAAUUAGUAAAAAUGAAAUUAAUACCUACAGUGUAUUGUAUGGUGUAUGCUUUAAAAAUGUGUGUCCAGAUAUACAAUUUCAUCAACUGAAUCAGUCAUGUAAACAUUUAUGAUGUCAGUUUUUUCUGCAAGAAAAGGAUAAAAUACCGAAGUAAUGACCAUAGUUUUAAUUUCCAAAAUCACCUGCUACAGUGUGGAACCUGUCCCCUGAUUGUUUUCCUCCUUAAAAUACAUUACACUGUUUGUACUGAUGUGGAUUGAAGGGGAACGUAAAAUCCAGCUAGAGAUGUGCUAUGAUCUCUUCUUGAAGAUUGAAAGUACUUUUGAUUCUCAUGCUCUGCCUAAGGCUUUAUAAAUGUAUGUUAUGAAAUAUUGCCGCACUGUGGCAGUCUCAUUUGUAAUGAUGGAUUUAGUUCAUCAAGGCAGCAGCAUGUCUCUGUGAGCUGUUUCUAAUUGGUUUUACAAUCAAAAUACAGCCAAGGCCUCUCACUGUGGUAACUGCAUAAUACUGUUCAUAAGCAGCAGGCGGCACUAUAAAAACUAAAUCACACUACCAGGAGUACUUUAGGUUUGAGCUGUUCACACAUAAAUAUCCUGCUGCAAAAAGUUUGAAUACACCAUACUGAUGAAUCCUCAGUCCCUCAAUGGCACAGGGCAAACACAUAUUAGGAAAAAUGAAUAGAAUAUUUUUUGUGAUAUCAUGCCCAUAAUGCUGUGCGACAUAUCCACCACUAAUUUAUUACUCUCAUAAUAGUAACUGCUGUAAUAAUAUUUUGAAAUGAAUUCCUUGGUCGUAUCCUGCAUCAAGUCAUAUUGGUAAUGAAACGAAACAUGGUGCACACAAAUCAGCUAAAGUUGUGUUUGAUUUGAUUAAAAACUCCAAAAUGUAAAAAAGAAAUGCAGUUUUCUGUGCAUGUAAACAAAGCUUUUGUCUACCACCCAUUCUGACUCACAUUAGCCUUUAUUAAGACAUUGUUCUGUUGACUCAAGGAUGGAUAUGCUGGCUAGUAUUCAUAUAUUGCCUGUAGCUACAAAGACAAUAACCAGUAUAUCUUGUUGAAAGCUUUUUUUCAUUUUAUUUAUUUGAAAAAGUAAAAAAUAUGAAAUGUGUCUUACCUAAUCUUUUGUCACGGUGUGUUGUAUAGCAGAUUUGUAUACCCUAUACUUUGUGGUGAUCAUAAUUAUCAUGAUUCUACAAAUAUGAUAAUAAUAAUUCAGGUCAGAGUUUUGAACUGUUACUUAAUAACAGUAGGAUUUCUGCAAUGAUGUAGUUUGUUUGCUCUUUUAUUUUAAACAUAUACUUCACGCCUCAAGCAAAUCCAUAUGUCUUCAGUUCUACCCAAACAUAAACAAAAAUAAAAACAACAACAACUGGAGACAGUUGUCCGUUUUCUCAUGCUGUC